AUGGAAACGGACAUUUCUUUAGUUUCGUCCGUCACCUCGGCAGAAAGUGACUCCUUGUUUGUGUUUGUUUCAGUUCCUCCGUCGUUAUCGGUCUUCCAGCAGUCCUUCAACGCCACAGCCGACUACCAGGAAUCAGUCACCUUCACCUGCAUCACUUCUGGAUCUCCUGAUCCUCUGGUCACAUGGCACAGGAAGGGGCAGCAGCUGGAGCCUUCAGAGAAGUACAUUUUCAGCCAGCUGGAGGGCGGACGCAGCAUGCUGACCAUCCGAAACAUCCGGCAGGCCGACGGAGGAACCUUCUCCUGCAAGGCCUCCAACAAGGCCGGCUUCCAGGAGAGAGAGCUUCUGCUCAAAGUGUUCGUCCAGCCCCACAUCACCCAGCUGAAGAACGUGACAGCCGUGGAGGGCAGCGCCGCCAUGAUCUCCUGCGUGGCCGAGGGCGAGCCUCUGCCUGACAUCUCCUGGAGGAGAGCCAGCGACGGGCAGACCUUCGUGGACGGAGACAAGAGUCGGGACGGGCGGUUCGAGGUCCGCGGCCGUCACGGUAAAUCCGUGCUGACCAUCAGCGGGGUGCGGCUCAGCGACCUCGGCCGCUUCGACUGCGAGGCUCAGAGCCGGAUAGGAGGCCAUCAGAAGAGCAUGUUUCUGGACAUUGAGUAUAUUCCUAAAUUCCUGACCAACCACAUCUAUUACUCGUGGGAGGGGAACCCGGUGAACAUCAGCUGCGACGUGAUGUCCAACCCGCCCGCCACCAUGCUGUGGAGGAGGGAACGCUUCACCAUCUCAGAGGGAACGCCGCACAUGCAGAUCUACGGCACUGACGGGAGGUCGGUGCUGGAGGUGACUCCGAUGUCGGACCGAGACUUUGGCCGGUAUAACUGCACGGCCCGGAACAACAUCGGAGUCCGGUACCAGGAGUUCAUCCUGGCCCAGGCAGACGUCCCCUCCAACCCGUACUCCGUCCGUCUGUCGGCCGUUUCCCAGCGGCUGGCCACCGUCACCUUCAUGAAGCCGGACUCUCACGGCGGCGUUCCCAUCAGCUUCUACCUGGUCCAGUACAAAGAGCUGGGCUCCAUAGACUGGAGUGUGAAGUCGCACAGCGUGCAGACCACCGUAGUUCUGACCGGCCUGGAGCCCAACACGACGUACGAGGUGCGAGUCGCAGCCGUGAACGGGAAAGGUCAGGGAGAGUUCAGCCAGGAGACCUUCCAGACUUUACCUAUCCGAGAACCGAGUCCGCCGGCGGUCCACGGCCAGAGGGGCGUGGGGAAGGCCUACAGGCUGGGGCUGGUCAAGCAGGACGACGGCGGGAUGCCCAUCGUGGAAUAUAUCGUCAAAUACAAAACAGAUAAAGAGGAACAGUGGAUGACCAAGCUGGUUCCAGGAGCUAACGACUUUGCGAUGCUGCAGCCGCUGCAGUGGAACACGAGAUAUGAAGUGGAAAUCACAGCCCGCAACGUCAAGGGCCUAUCAGAGCCCACCUUCUAUCAGUUCUUCAUGCCACAGAAGCCCUCAAUCACAGCAGAAUCCCUGUUCAGCGGCCUGGGGCUCGGCGCGGUGGUGGGCCUCGGCCUCGGAGCGCUGCUGCUGCUCCUGGUGCUGGUGGACGUCAGCUGCUUCUUCCUGCGCCACUGCGGCCUGCUCAUGUGCAUCACUCGCACGCUCUGCAGCAAGAAGACGGCGACCAGCGGCAAGGGCAAAGAGAUGGAGGAGGGCAAGGCGGCCUACCUGAAGCUGCCGCUGAAGGAGGAAAAUGGCAAAGAGUCUCUCAAGCCGGAUACGAUUGAAAUCAAAGUACACAGCGACAACAGCAUCCACAUAAAGCCGGACGACAGCAAGGCUUAGAGAUAAAUAUAUAUAUAAAGUAACGGUAAAGAAGAACGGGGUCGGCUCCCCUCGCCACCAAAAGAACAUUCGGAUCACGAGACCAACGGCCUGGAAAAGUGAAAAUAGUGGAGCAAAAUACUAUAUCUGUUUAUAUUAAUGCCCGAAUGAAAGGCAUGUGUAAAUAAAAUUAAAAGAGAGGAAACGGGAGGGAAACUUUUUGACACCCAGAAUGCAUUUUGUUCAGUAGGAGCCUCUUAAAUGAUUGUAUUUUAUUUUAUUUUCUGUCUUUUCAUUGAAACUCCUCAGACAUUUCCUUUUCAUUGUUUUCAUGGCGGUUUGUGGAACGGCCGCCAUCUUUGUUUUUAACUCCUGGUGUUUUCAUGCUUUGGAGACGUAGAAACAAAUCAAAAAAUGUUUCUAAACACUAAAAAAAGUGUUUUUGAUCUGAAAGUGACCCAAAGCGUGGACACACUUCAUUUUGAUCCCAAAUCUGUCUUUUAUUUUGAAAAGAAAGGAAACCUUUUUCUGUUUCGGACUCUCUCUGAUGUCGUUGUGUGUUGUACAUAGAUGAAAAAAACCUGGAUAUUUUACAGAGCUUUUAUGUAAAUAUAUUAAAACAAGUCUUUUUUUCCACAGUGCAGAAGUCUUGGCCUUCGUUUCACUUCCUCUCCCCGUUGCGUUCAGGUUCUGGUGUAAUAUUCCUUUUUCCGCUCAUUUGCUUCCCCUUGAGGGAAACCGAACCCCGAAGCGAUUCCACGGCAGUAAUUAUGGCAUUAAUGUGCCUUUUCUUUCCUUUUUUCGCUCCCUUUCGUGCGGUUCGCUCCAUGAAAUCAGCUUCUGAUUUGCUGCUUUUCGCGCCGGAGAGAGUGGACUGAUCACGGUGAUGCUGCGGCGGCCGGCUGCUCUGGACUCACUGAUGUGGAACAGACAGAACAUAAGAAAAUAGAAAAAAUGUUUGUAUUGUCAGACUUUCUGUCCUAAAAGUUGAUCUUCUAUCUUUGUUUUCUUCCUUUUUCCUUAUUUCCUGAUUCCUUCAGUCCUCCACUCCCUUUACUUCCUUGUCUCCUAACUAACUUCCUUAAUUGUUUUCUUCCUCAUCUCCCUUCUUUUUACUUUUUCCCUCCAUUUUUUAUCCUAGCUCCCUUUUUCCUUCUUAUCUUUCCUUAUUUAUUUGUCCUUCAUUCGUUUCCUUCCUUGUCUGACUUGUGUCCUUACUCCCUCCCUUACUUGUUUCCUUUCUUUCCUUCCUGGACUGGGAAUUCAGGGAAAUUGAGUCUUUUUACUUGAUAAAAUGCAGGAACCUGGAAGUAAACAGAGAUCUGGUUCUGUCGGUGUGUAACGCAUCAUUAUCAUAUGUGUGUGUGUGUGAGUGUGUGUGCAUACAUGCGUGUGUGUGUGUGUGUGAACAUUCAGGUUGCAUGUAUGUCUGUUGAAUGUAUCUGCACGUACUGUACCGUAAGUCCACGACCGUCGGCUCAUCCUGGCUUCAUGGAUUCAGAGUUCAGUCCAGUGGAAAUCCGGCUCGGUUUCAGUUCCAGGCGUUUUUCUGUUUCCGGACGGUGGGUGAUCCCCUCCCCGCCUCUGAGCUUUUAUCUCCAACCCGGGAAGCGCCGCAAAAAGAAAACAAGACUGAAACGAGUUCCUGCAUAUGUGAAUUUGGUUCUGCUGCCUGUCGAUGAUCACUGUAAAUACCGGCGCUCAGUGCCUGGAGGCUAUACAGUUUGUACAUGUUCUUUUUGUAUUUGGAUAUGAAUCUGAAGCCACUCUUGUUUCCUCGAUCCUUUCGGUUCUGUCAGGGGUUAAAACAGACGUGUUUGAGCUCAGUGUACAUUAUGUGUCCUCCCUGUCCCCAUGUCCUCUGGACUGUCCCCGCUGAAUUGUGCAGGAAGUGGGAACUAUCGAUGUUUCUCUGUAUGUACCUGUGGAUCACUUGUGACUCGUAUCAUUUUGCCGCUGUAAAUAAACAUGUCCUGGUAGAAGAGA